GGUUAUCUGUUAUCGAUAGUAAUAAACAAAUUACACAUGAUCAUCGUAGCUGAAGUCUCAUGAUUUAUUCAUUUCCGUGAAAUACUGAUCUCGUUGCGCCCACCGUUUUCUUCUCGUUAAAUUGAAGAUUUGUGAUUUAGCUGUUGUACGAAAUGACUACAGUCAGAAGUAAAACCUUCAAAUGGUCGUUAGAUUUUACCAGAAACAAACAUGAAAAAUCGACAGACAAUGUGAGUCCACCAGGAUACAGUCAAUUAGCUGGACAAAAUGGUACUGAACUGACUAAAGACAGUGAAUCGAGUAGACUAAUUAUUAAAAAAUCUUGGGAUCUAGCAUUAGGACCACUAAAACAAGUACCAAUGAACUUGUUCAUUAUGUAUAUGGCUGGAAAUUCGAUUUCUAUAUUUCCAAUUAUGAUGGUUGGUAUGUUGAUUGUGAGACCAGUCAAAGCAUUAUUUACACUACAAACGACAUUUAAAACCAUUGAAGGAACACAAGCAUGGGGUCAAAAAUUUAUAUUUUUCAUUGGAAAUUGCGUUAAUAUUGUCUUAGCAUUAUAUAAAUGUCAGUCGAUGGGUUUAUUACCAACACAUGCAUCAGAUUGGCUUGCAUUUAUCAAUCAACCUACUAGAAUGGAGUACUCUGGUGGUGGCUUUGUUUUAAGUUAAAUGUUAUUAAAGAAAUGUAUGAGCUAUAUUACAAAACUGAAACGACAAAUUAACUGCCUAGUUUGGAAAUUGUGAUUAUAUUUCAAAGUUUUUUUUUGGGCAUAAUGUGUGUAUUGAAUUAUUUAACUACAAAAAUGGCAUAUUUUCAAUAA